AUGACGUUUAAUAUCACGAUUGGUCCUAGUCCGCAUGGCUCGGACCAUUCUUCGUUUUCUGAUGAAGAGGAUUCUUCUGGUGUUCAAGUCUCCCCGCCGUCUGACUCGGGGAGUCAUGAAUACCAGGAUCCGUACGAUGAAUGGGCCCAUCUACCUUAUCCGGACGAGUUGAAACCAUCUGAUUCCGCUUCUCGACCCAGAACAUCACACCGAACUCGUAGCCGCAACCCCAUCCAUGGCUCCUCCUCAGGCCGCCGCCAAUCCGUCGCGAGACGCCAUAUUAUGCAGGAACGAGAGCAAUUUUCCCGCCAUCCCCGUCGCCGCCCUUCACCCGAUUCCCCAGAGAGUGUUGACUCGGCUGAUGAAUAUGGCGGUGCUUAUGGACGAACAUCACAUGACAGAAGGCUUUGGCCUCCUAUGGCUCAAGGCUCAAGCUACGCCCAUAGUUCCUCUCCCGGGCCAUCAUAUGUCUAUCCUAAUGGUGCCCUACCGCACGGCCCAUUGGCACAGUCAAGCAAUUUCCACCCUCCUUCCGACCAGCUCAUAAGGCUAAAUCAUCAUGCGCAAGGCAGCCAACCAACUCCAUACAAUAAUUCCGUUUAUCCAUAUAGUGCUCAACUGCAGCAGCACCAUGGCCCUUCUAUACCGCCAUUCUUCAUGGAUCAUCAUCCCGGGCACCGCACUUCAGCAUCUCCUCAUAACCGAGACGAUGGACAUAAUGCACCCCAGCACCAGAUACCGCACCCUUUCCAGUCACACGGCCAAUCGCCGUAUGGUGGCUCUCCAGUGAAUCCUCAUGAUAUGAUUCCUUACGGACCAGGGGGUUACUACCCUUUCAGAGACCCUUAUACCAUGGUCCCAGGAAUGAUUCCACGCUAUUUCAGUUCGUAUCCUCGCGUGCCGUCUCCGAGUCACGUCCAAUCGAGUGGGUCCCCUGGACCUAUGGCAGCAGACGCAGCAAAAGACGAGGCCAUUGCAAGGCUAGAAAAGCUAAUCUUGGAAGAAAGAAUGGAGCGGGAGGCGCGGGAAGCGCGUGAGGCUGCCAGGCAAGCUGUGAUUGAACAGGAAGCCGCGGAGCAAGCUGCCAGGGAAGAGCGAGCGGCGCACGAGAAGAAGAUAGUGGAGGAAGCUGCUUCUAAAGCUAGAGCGGAGGCCGAGCAAAAAGCUGCUGAGGAAGCAGCAAAAGCAAAAAUGGAGGCAGAAGAAGCAGCGGCGGCGGCGGCAGCGGCAGCGGCAGAGGCAGCUACUGAGGCAGCCAAUGCGGCGGCAGCGGAAGCAGUUGCGGCAGCGACAGCUGCGGCGUCAAAUAAACCACCCCCAGAGAAGAAAAAGCCUAUAAAAUUUAAGGACGCUGUUGGGAGAAAGUUCAGUUUCCCUUUUGACUUGUGCUGUACUUGGCAGGGCAUGGAGGAGCUUAUACGACAAGCGUUUCUUCAUAUAGAGAUUAUUGGCCCUCACGUAGCUGAGGGACAUUAUGACUUAGUGGGUCCUAAUGGUGAUAUUAUAUUGCCGCAAGUUUGGGAGACUGUUAUAGAGCCCGACUGGACUAUAACAAUGCACAUGUGGCCUAUUACAGAGAAGCCAAAAACGCCCGAACCAGUUCCGCCACCGGAACCUCCGGUCUCGGAAGAACAGACUACUAUUGAUGCUUCUACAGUACCCGAAAAUGCAGCCAUCGCUGUUGUUCCUGAGGAGUCAAAGAAGAAGCCCGAGUCAGCAGGUACAAAAAAGCCGCGGACGAAGGCCCCGGAUCCUGGCGCUUUUGCUAUGUGGAUGGUGGGCAGUAAUCGCCUGAGAUCAAACAAGUCUUUAAAAGUGGGAAAAAAGCCUAGAGUAAUACAACACGGGAACUCUUGCCGUGUUAUGUGA